AUGGAAGUGGACGAAGGUCAGGACGAAUUGAGGAUGGCGACCGUUUCGACCGCGCAAUCUCAAAAGACGAUACCUGAGAGGAAGGGCAGUUUUAAACAAUGCACGGCUCGAUUCGACGGAAGUAGGGACAACUUGAACAAAUUUCUGGUUACGAUCUGUCUUUACAAGGACGUGGAAAGGGUGAACGAGGACGUGGCCCUGCGCGAGUUACCGCUUUUGUUCGAGGGCGAAGCGACCGCGUGGUGGGAUACAGUUGGCGGCAACGUCACGAAAUGGUCGCAGGCAAUGUCCAUGCUACAAGACUCGUUCGCUCCCAAGAAAGCCGCCUACGAGAUAUACGCCGAGGUGUUCUCCUCGAAACAGGAGGCCAACAUAGCGACCGACGAGUUCGUCAAACAGAAACGCGCCCUCCUCGCCGAUCUUCCCAACCCACAUCCGGAUGACGUGCAGAUCGACAUGAUAUACUGGAUGCUGAAGAAACAGAUACGCAGAAAGAUGCCAAGAAAGGCGAUAAUCAACCUCGACGACAUGAUCGAGAAAGCCCGUUACGUGGACAACAUGGAGAAGAGGAGGGCUUCGGUUAGCCGGCGUUGGGACGAGGAGACGAUGGCUAAAUAUUUCGCCAAAGCGUUGGUCAAAUGCCCCCACCACAAGCACAGAAAGGACAAGGAGAAAUACUUGCACGAGCGGAACGAGGAGAGAUGUCACAAGUGUAACAAACGUAAACACAUCCACGGGAAAUAUAAAAACACGACGAUAAAUAUUGAGCGGUUCGCGUUGUGUACGUUGGACAGCAACACAUUGGAACGUUUUGCCUCAUGCAGCCUCGUAGAUUCCAAGGACAAUACGUCGUCCUCGUCCUCUUGCCAUCAUCCGUCUCCCUCUUAA